ACGACAGCACCACUCAGGCACUCACCUUCAAGCGAAUCAAGCCUUCACAGAAUCACAAGCACAACCUUCAGUUUCACUGCUCCCGUCCUCCGUCUCCUCGUCUCCUCUUAUCUUCCUCACUUCUCUAGUUUUCUCUACACUCUCUUCUUCUUCUUCUUCUUCUUCUUCUUCUUUUUGUUCAUAGAAAAGCCCCAAAUUUUAAAGCAAAAAUUGCAAAAUUGCCUACAUUUACAUUCUCCGCGAAACGACAGGAGACUUUGAAGACUGCACCAAUCUCCAACUUACAUCUUAACCCACUCAGCCAAAAAAUAUAUAUAUAACCUAAAAAUAGAGCUGAGGCGAGUCUUAUUAGACUCUCUCUCGCCGGCGCAACUUUCCGAUCAGGGUUUGAAAAGUACUCAAUCUGAGGGUCCGUUUGGUUCUUAAGAAAUCAAUGUGUCCAAAAAAAGAGGAAACGUACUAAAGCAAUAUACCCUAAAGCAAUAUCAAUCAGGUGAAGUGACGAUGGCUACUGGUGGGCUAAAGAGCAUUCUGGCCAAGGUAGUCACUGAAGGAGUGACUGAAGCGAGAGCAAGGAUAUUUGGGCAUGUACUUAAUCCAACAGGCCAGCGAUCACCACACAAGUUGUUACGCAAGAAGCUCAUUGGUGACAAAGUUGCUGAAUGGUACCCACAUGACAUUGUGAAGGAUGAUCCUCUUGUGAUGGCUCGUGGAGAACAAGAGCGCUUAUCUAAGCUUGAAAUGUUGAAGCGUCGAGGAAAGGGACCACCUAAGAAGGGUCAAGGAAAGCAAGCUGCCAAGCGUAAAAAGAAGUGAUAUCUUUUAGUGUUGAUGGAAUUGGAUAGAGUAAUCUUAUGAAUAAUAAGGCUGUUAGUAGUUGGACUCUUUGUGAACACUUCAAAGAAUUUUGGUGAUUCAGAUUUGAUUAUCUGACAUUCCUUUAUCCUUUCUAGUGGUCUUUGUAUGAUUUGUGCUAUGAAUCUUAGCUUUUUCAGGCUUUGAGUGAUAUGAAUUGCCGAUUUCCUAUGUGCUCUAGGAACUUUUCCUAAGUUGUUUUUGCCUGAAAGCAGGUUUCAGGAAUCAAUCCAUUUUCUUCUGAAUAACAGACAUUUUACCCUGGUUGUAGUAGUAAA